UUGGUGUAUGUGUGUUAUACGUGCCCGUGUGCGUGUUUUCAGGCGCAGGUAGUGCGCAAUGGACAACCGCUGAAUAUGAUACGCGCUCUUUCGCAGCGACGUAUCUCGACGCAACAGCGGGUUGUGGCUGUGCCAGAAGAGCAAGUUGAGCUGCGUCUGUGCUUCUCACUGCGUCGCAAGCCAGCAGCACAGCACGUGCCGCGAUGCUGCGCGUGUGACGAGGCCGCGCUGCCGGCUGCGGUGCACUGAGACAUCUGCAUGCUUCUUGGCUUCUCUCUUCCAGCGUCACAACGAAUCUCAUCAUGUGCAUCGAAAACAUCAAUAGACACGUACUGGAAAUACAAAGUGCGCCACCAAGCGGCGUCGAGCUGGGUUCGCGCAAGAGAAAAGCCGUUCGGAUGCCGAACCUGCAGCGCUGGGCUAUGGACUCCGAGAACUCCAAAAGCACGGCGUCCGCCAGGGGCGCCUCGGUGCCGUCCUUCCGGGCGUCUAACACCGGUCCCGAGAGCCGCAUGCGCAAGGGCAGCGGCUCUAAGAGCCCCUCGUCAUCGUCGGGGGCACCGGGUGGCUGCCCCGUGGCUGGCGACGACGCCCCGGCGACGGCCGCGCCGGCUUCCAGCCAUCCGUCGGCCGCUGCCGCCUCCCUGUGUGCCGGCUGCGGGCUGCCGAUCGUGGACCGGUACAUCCUGCGCGUCAUGGAGCACUCGUGGCACGAGGCCUGCCUUCAGUGCUCCGUGUGCCACGCGCCACUCGAGCAGUCCUGCUACUCGCGGGACAGGAAGCUCUUCUGCAAGGCCGACUACGACAAGUUGUUCGGCGUCAAGUGCGCGGGCUGCCUGGGCUGCAUCGCGCCCAGCGAGCUGGUGAUGCGCGCCCUGGAGCACGUGUUCCACGUGGCCUGCUUCGCGUGCGUCGUGUGCGGCCGCACCCUGCAGAAGGGCGACCAGUUCGUGGUGCGCGCCGCGCGCCUCUACUGCCGGCCCGACUUCGAGAAGGAGAUGGCGCUCGUCUCUAUGGCGCAGCACCACGCCAACAGCCAGCCGUCGCAGCCGCACGCACCGCAGCAGCACCCGGCAGCGCAUGCGCCCAACGCCGCCCUGCCCGGAGCCAGAGGCGAGAACGGUCCUCUGCCGGGCGGAGGCCCCAACGGCCAGCAGCCGGGCGCGGCGGCGGGUGGCGCGGCUGCCGCCGUUCGCCCCGACGGACGCCGGGGCCCCAAGAGGCCUCGCACCAUCCUGACCACGGCCCAGAGGCGCGCUUUCAAAGCAUCCUUCGAGAUCAGCCAGAAGCCCUGCCGCAAGGUUCGUGAGACGUUGGCCAAAGAAACGGGCCUCAGCGUGCGAAUUGUCCAAGUGUGGUUUCAGAACCAAAGAGCGAAGUUAAAGAAGAUCCAGCGCAAGCAGCAGCAACAGCAACAGCAGCAGCAGCAGAGCCAGCAGAACGCGGGGGGAGACAGCUCGGGCAGCGAGAUGGCCUCCUCCACCAAGGACUCCAAGAAGAGCGACGAUGGCCGCCAGUCGGCGUCGCCUGCCGACCUCAGCUCUCCGCCCUUCUCGAGGCUAGGCCUUCUCGAACCGUCUGCCGUAGGGUCUCCAUACCAUCUGCAACCACUCCCUUACGGUACGCAUCACGACGGUUCCUACUAUGGGCCGACGCAUGUCGACCCGACGUACCUCAAGUCGGAGAUCUCGAUGGAGAGCGAGACGUCCUUGAGCGGCCUCGAAGACGUACUGAUCGGGGCCGGGAGCGGCGGUGGGCAGCCUCCUCCUCCGCUAUCGGACGCCAUGUUUGCCUCGUCGGCCGUGAAUCCCAUCGACAAGCUGUACUCGAUGCAGACCUCCUACUUCAGCAACAACGAGUGCGAGUGCCUGGGCGGCUCCAACUGACGGUGCCAGGGCGUCGCCGCCGCGCCGCGCCGCCACCGCAGGCAGCAGCAGCAGGGCAGCCAACGCCACUCGGCCGCCGCCGCAGUCAGGCAGUAAUGCUGCCUUGUCCCGCAUUGUAACGGCGCACACACCCGCGCUGGGCACUGCGGCGCGUAAACUUUGAACGGGAGGGGACCGCGGACGGGCUAGUGUACGCACUGCACCUUUUCAACGGCAAUUCGAUGUACGAUGCCUGACACACUGUAUAUGAUAGUGGCCGGCGAAACAAACACGGUGCUCGUAAAUACGAGCACUUGAGCAGAAAGAGAGACCCAGAAAGGUCCCUUGUUCUUUUUUUUUUCUUUUGCGCCAUUGAGCAGAAGCUGGCAAAGUGACCGCGAUAUACGCUGCCACAGCGUGGACCGGUAUACAAGAGGAUCCAGUGUAAUAUACUUGAUAUAAUUUCCCGUGUGCUGAGCGCAUAGCAGUCACUAUUCAGAAUGUGUGUUCGCUUUCGGAUAGCAAGCAGCUGAUCUCACGAUGAUUAUCAUUGCAUAACCUUCCUUAGAAUCAAGUUUCUGUGUGUUCAGAGCAAAGAUAAAUCUCUCUGUUCUGGGUGAUCCUCACAACCCGUGAAUGACACAACAUACCUGUAGCAUACCUCUCAACCCCUUCCUUCUUCCUUCUUUUUUGUCACCAGAAAAGAGUAUUUAGUGGCGUUGUGGAGAGAGGAUGCUCGGCGACCUCAUAUUUGCAAAUAUUACAGCGAAUGUGCAGCCCAUCAGGCAAGGUGCACAUGCUUAUAACAACUUUCGGCGAACGCACGUUGAAAAGGUGUAUGAUGAACGUGGCGGAAACGAAGCGAUAUCUGACACCAGGGAAUGCAGCGUCGAGGUGAAGGAAGUGACAGUACGAAGCCGUGCUGCUGAAGGUUCAGGCCUUGUUAGCUAUUGAUAUUGCUUGCAGCUCAGUAGCUGCGCUUUAUAAAUCAGGAACUACCGCUGGUGGCUACAAACUUGUGCACAAGCUGCGGCAGUCGUUGAGUGACAAGCACCACAACUAUAUCAUUGGUAGUUAAUGAUAUGAUCUGAUCGUAACCCUGUUUGGUUAUCGAAGAAAGGUCAGUACAACGCACCAGCGAAAGGUAGGAGUUCAUGUGACCAUUGGAAUGAGUGUUGACAACCAAUGGCUGUAUGACGCCAAGGUUUGCUUUAGUUAGUUUCUCUCGGCAGGUAAAUUAGUCCUUGAUGAUGGAGGUAUAACGUUACGCUCAUACGCUCAAAACGUGAUGCACGACGUCGUAAACGUUUAUUAUUAAAAUCUUAGUUCGCAAGUUCUGUUGUCGGAACGCGCACUAAAAGUAAACCUCCGAAGAAAAUUUGCAGUUCAGUUUACUGCGAUCGCCAGCGCCUCUAUCACGCUCCUUGUCGAAUCGUUCGAUCGCGUCACGCGGUGCCUCGUGCUGUCCCAGACUUGUCUGUUGCGCUGCCUUCCCUGUGUUACAAGACUGAACAAAAAAUAUAUACAGUAGUGGAAGACGCGGCAGCAGGUUCCACGACUUGUUGACCAUCUGGUUGCCGGAACGGAAAAAGAUGCGCAGGUUCAGAGCACCAGAUUGCAUUAUUAGACUCUUCAUCUAUCACCGAUUUUUGUUAGCAACAGAUAUAUAUUCUGUCACUGUCUUUGAACGUUUUCAUAACCGAGCGCUACUCAAGCACGCGCGCAGUUCUCUUGGUUGGCUCUGUUUUGUUCGUUUUAUAUCCUUCUUGCAUCUCGCGUCCAAACCGCUUCAUUUCCGCCCCGUACCGCUUCCGCGGUGCCCCCGCGCCGCAAGCGGUGGCCACAUGUAAGCUUGUACAUCGCGCCGACGGGUCCCCCUAGCGCGGAAACACUUUUCACAGCGGCGGUCGUGUUUGCGUAGUGCUGCCAUCGAUCGCUGCCAUCGUGCGCAUGUGUACGCGUGCUUGUGCGCAAGGAACUGCGACUGUGCGUAUUUGUGCGUGAGUGCUUGUCUAUACUGUAUACGUUAUGAAGGGGCUCGAACGAGUCAGGGAACCUUGCUUUCCACAAAACACACACGAGCAUUUGUGCAGCGCGUGCGGCCGAUCAACCCUGUGGAGUGCACCUUUUCGCCAAAGACGCAGCAGUGGCGCAGUUCCCCGGCGAUCUCUUCUCUGCUGCGUGCCAUGGCACCAGCAAUGGGCGAA